GGCCACCUGAUUUUUAUUUUUUUGUAAAAGCAAAUGAUUGUUAACAAGCUUUGCGCAAUCUCGUAGUAUUAGAUUACCGUCUAAAUGAUCCCGAAAUUGUGUACGGCAGUUGCACAAGAAAAUGACAACUGGCAUUUUGAGUGAGUGAGCGAAGAGCAGCAGUUACGUGCACAAGCGGCGAGUGGAGCCAAAAGUGGGAGGGGAAAAUUUUCCCUACCUUAAAAGGCUAGGCGACUCAAAAGUUAAGUUAUUUUUCUCGCCAGAGAGCGCUGGGAUCGCCCAGCAGUUUUGUAUCGAAUCGCCCACACCGAAUUUCAAUCAAUUGACAUUCGGCUUUUUUUUCCCAAGUUUAUAUCCAAGUUAUUGCUUUAUAUUCCUCCUUUUUUUCCUUCUCUCUCCCCCUUUUUCUUUCCUUCCACUUCUUUGGUUUCAACUCUGCCCGCCGAAUUUCUGUUGACUCGAAAUCCUUGCACUUUCUUACAGGAUGUCUUUUCGUGCUGUUCGUGUUUCCAAGUUUAGGCAUGUCUACGGGCAGGCCAUGAAAAGAGACCAGUGCUAUGACAACAUCAGGGUGUCGAAAUCUUCUUGGGAUUCCACGUUCUGUGCUGUCAACCCAAAAUUCCUGGCCAUUAUUGUGGAAUCUGCAGGUGGUGGGGCGUUCAUUGUUCUACCGUUGGCCAAGGUGGGGAGAAUCAAUCCAGAUCAUCCACUAGUUGGCGGCCACAAAGGCCCUGUGUUAGACAUUGCCUGGUGUCCGCACAACGACAACGUGAUCGCUUCCGGCAGUGAAGAUUGUGUCGUCAAGGUAUGGCAAGUACCCGACCAUGGAUUAUCAAGAACGCUCACUGACCCAGUUGUGGAGUUGCUAUAUCAUCAGAGAAGAGUUGGCUUGGUUCUAUGGCAUCCAACCGCUCAAAACGUCCUUCUCACUGCGGGUUCAGAUAAUUUGGUAGUCAUAUGGAACGUGGGCACUGGCGAACCGACAGUUGUGAUUGACAGUCAUCCCGAUUUGGUCUAUUCGGCUUGUUGGAACUGGGAAGGCUCCAAAUUGCUCACCACUUGCAAGGAUAAGAAGAUUCGCAUCAUCGAUCCAAGGAAUGGGAAUGUUGACGAGGAGGCGAUUUGUCACGAAGGAUCGAAAGCUACACGUGCAAUUUACCUGCGAAAUGGAUUGGUCUUUACGACAGGCUUCUCCAAGAUGUCCGAGAGGCAGUAUUCAUUGCGAGCACCCGGUCAUUUGAACGAUCCCAUCGUCAUGGUUGAGUUGGAUACGUCGAACGGUGUCAUGUUUCCCCUUUACGAUGCCGACACCAACAUGGUUUACCUCUGCGGCAAGGGUGAUUCCGUGAUUCGAUACUUCGAAAUCACUCCAGAGCCUCCAUUCGUGCACUACAUCAAUACAUUUCAGACACCCGAUCCGCAGCGCGGUAUCGGUAUGAUGCCCAAACGCGGUGUGGACGUGACCUCGUGUGAAAUUACCCGCUUCUUCCGACUCAACAAUUCCGGCCUGUGCCAAGUCGUCUCGAUGACUGUACCGAGGAAAUCGGAGCUCUUCCAAGAAGAUUUAUACCCCGACACUCCUGGAGACGUGCCCGCGCUGUCGGCUGAAGAAUGGUUCGCCGGCAAAGAUGACAACCCGAUCCUUGUCUCCAUGAGAUCUGGUAGUCAAUUGUCGACUAAUAAACAGGAUUUAAAGGUCCAAAAGAAGCACAACGUGUUAAGCAAAAUGCCGCCGAGGAGUCCUUCGGGAUCCCAGUCGGCUAUUGCUGAUAGCCCUGACAGUGCGAAUCCUCAAGCACCUGCCUCUCCACCCAGUUCGGGAGUCCCCACAAAGGUGGUUGAAGAGCUCAUGGACGAGAUCCGGCGUCUAAAGUCCCUGUUAGUCAAGCACGAGAAGCGAAUCCGUGCACUGGAGGCCCGCGCCGCUUCAUCUCCCAGCGCCGAUUUGAACAAUUCGACGGGAUCAGCCAACACUUCGCUGGUUGCCGACUCGCCGCCCGCCACCACCGCCAACAACCCGCAACAGUCCGCCACUACGGGCGGCGGUCAGCACGAAAACAACCACGUCACUCACGACACCAAUGCCAACGUGGCCAAGACCAUCGCCGCCGAAGACAUGGCACCCGAUGAAGUCUGAACGCACCAACCGCAAGUAAAAAUUCAAAACAGCAAAAAACAAACCUAUCGUGCACACAUAUAACAACCUAACAAUUUAAAAGGCGAGCUUCGAUUUCAGUUGGCUCCGCUUUUACAAAAACCAACCCUACCCCUCUACCCCAAAUUACGCGCGAUGAUUAACGGCCAAUUAUAUUUGUAAUAUGCUUUUUUUUCCAAUCCUACCCACCCUCUAAUAUUUAUUCGUUUACAAUAAUUGGUUACUCUACUUUAUAUCACCUCCUAAUUUUUCCCAAUAACGUUUUUUUUUAACAAAAGAAAAAUGGCGAUAAAAGAAAAAAAACGAACAAGCAAAAAGAAGGAAAAGGGUCUCGAAAAAUUCGUGUAGCCGUCAUCGCUUAUUAUUACUUAUCAAUGAAAUCCCCCCUCUCCCAAUGUCCUACCCUUCUUAAUUACUAUCUACAAACAAAAACCUCCCUACCAAAAUUGUCAGUCUGCUAGGUACAAAAUCAUUUAAAAUUAAUUAUUAUUAUUAUUAUUAUUCGGUUCUCUCUAUUUUUCUCUAAAUAUUCUCUUUGACUUUCAAAAAAAAAACCAGAAAGUGAAAGAGUGAUGGAAAUAUUUUCCCCUUCCCUUGGAUGCCGCACAAGUUAAUAUUACCCCCCUUACAAUUGCACUUGCACAAAUUUUGAAACAGAGCCACAUUCUUCUCCCUGAUUAGGGAAACAUUUGAAACACUGAGAAAAAAAAGCUUGGAAGAAAAGACAAAAUGGCGAACCACCCAAAUUGUUUUCCCUCUUUAUGCCAGCGCAAAUAUCUUUAAAAAAAAACUACUCUGUAUAUUUUGGUGAAAAAUCAUCAUUGAUGUGUGUGGUGUUUUGAAUUAUUAUUUUUUUCCCCCUUCUCCACUUUGCAAAUUUUUUCGCUCUCUACUCCCCUACGCCUACGUUGAAAACCUAUUGUGUCUUGUCGCAACAUCGAUGCUCUCUUUAAAAACUUUUUUUUCAAAUUAAAAAGUGCCUUGGCGAAUCAACUGCACACACAAAAAUUAACAAUUUCAGCAUUAACAAUUUUCUCUUUGCAAAGGAACUCCUGGAAAAUCGCCUUUUUUUAAAAAAUCUUUGUUGUGUGCACAUAUUAAAAUAAUGAAAGAGCCUUAACACAAAACAAACACACACACUCGUGAUGUUGUUAAUUUAUUUUAAACGCAAUACGUUGAGAAAGAAAAAAAAAGCAAAUUUAACUCUUGAAUUGGAUUCAUUUUUGUCCUCAUCGUAAACAAACGCCUAAAAUUUUUACAAACACAAAAGGAAAAACUUUACUACUGUCAACUUGCGCACAUUUUUCCUUCGAAAUUAUUUCCUGGCUUGAUUACUCCAAAAUAAGAUUGUUGUUCGAGUGCUCUCUCUCUCUAUUUUCUAUUCUUAAUCUUAAUAAUUUUCUUUCCUUCCUUUUCUUCAUAUUAUUCUCUGUUGUGAAUGCGGCGAAUUCAAAAAGUGUACAAGAUGAAACAUAAAACCAUUUGCUGAAACCAUCAACAAAACAAAAAAUGAGAAAAAUA